AUGGCUAAGGGUGAAAAGAAGCCUGCAGAGAAGAAGCCCGCUGAGAAAGCUCCAGCUGAGAAAACCAAGGCGGAGAAGAAGAUCCCUAAGGAUGCUACAUCUGGCGACAAAAAGAAGAAGAGGAAGGCGAAGAGUGUCGAGACUUACAAGAUCUAUAUCUUCAAGGUCCUCAAGCAGGUUCACCCUGACAUUGGAAUCUCCAGCAAGGCAAUGGGGAUCAUGAACAGUUUCAUCAACGACAUUUUUGAGAAGCUCGCCCAGGAAUCUUCUAGACUCGCCCGCUACAACAAGAAGCCCACCAUCACCUCCCGCGAGAUCCAGACUGCUGUUCGUCUCGUUCUCCCUGGUGAGCUUGCCAAGCAUGCGGUAUCCGAAGGCACCAAGGCCGUCACCAAAUUCACCAGUUCUUGA